AUGGGCGACUGGAGCUUUCUGGGGCGGCUGUUGGAGAACGCUCAGGAGCACUCAACGGUCAUUGGCAAAGUCUGGCUGACUGUCCUCUUCAUCUUCAGGAUCCUGGUGCUGGGGGCUGCAGCUGAAGAGGUGUGGGGGGAUGAGCAGUCUGACUUUACCUGUAAUACCCAGCAGCCUGGUUGUGAGAACGUCUGUUACGACGAGGCCUUUCCCAUCUCGCACAUCCGUUUUUGGGUGCUGCAGAUCAUCUUCGUGUCCACGCCGACCCUCAUCUACCUGGGCCAUGUGUUACACAUUGUCCGCAUGGAGGAGAAGCGGAAAGAGAAGGAGGAGGAGAUGCGGAAAGCGAACAGGUUUCAAGAGGAGAAAGAACUCCUUUAUAGAAAUGGUGGAGAUUCUGGCGGUGGAGGAGGAGGUGGUGGUGGCAAGAAGGAGAAGCCACCGAUCAGGGACGAGCAUGGCAAAAUUCGUAUCAGAGGCGCAUUGCUGCGUACCUAUGUGUUCAACAUUAUUUUCAAGACCCUGUUUGAAGUGGGAUUCAUUUUGGGCCAAUAUUUCCUGUAUGGCUUCCAGCUGAGGCCCCUGUACAAGUGUGCACGUUGGCCCUGCCCCAACACCGUGGACUGCUUCAUAUCAAGGCCUACUGAAAAGACUAUUUUUAUUAUAUUUAUGCUUGUGGUGGCUUGCGUGUCUCUUUUGCUGAAUUUGUUAGAGAUCUAUCACCUUGGAUGGAAGAAAGUCAAACAGGGCAUGACGAAUGAGUUUGCCCCAGACCAAGAGUCACUUCGCCGUGUCGACAUUGCAGAACCUGAGUGUUUGGCCUCGGCCUCCAGAACUGCUCCAUCCAGCCUCGGCUACCCUCCCAACUACACAGACGUGACGGCGGGCAGCAGGGCGUUCCUGCCACCCAUGGGGCCAGCAACUGUGCCCACAGCGGCAGAGUUUAAGAUGGACGACCUCCAGCAGGAGCAGUCCCUCCACCAGCCGUCUCCUUCUUCCCACUACUACAUAAGCAACAACAACAACCACAGGCUGGCCACGCAGCAGAACUGGGCCAACCUGGCCACCGAGCAGCAGACUCGGGAGAUGAAGGCCACUUCCCCCGCCCCAUCAUCCUCCUCUUCAGCCAGCACCAGCAAAGAGCAACAGCAGCAGCAGCAGCAGCAACUGCGGCGUGUGGAUGUUGAACUUCUACUUCCAACCACCAACAGUCAUACCAACACAACAGCCACUGCAGCAUCCAGCAGCAGCAGCAGCAGCAGCCCCGGCACUGCCUCCAACACGGGCAGCUGGAACGGGGGAAAGAGUGAGCAGGAGGAAGGUAAUACCACCACCACUACGGUGGAGAUGCACGAGCCUCCAGUAACGGUCAGCACAGAUCCUCGGCGGCUCAGUCGGGCCAGCAAGAGCAGCAGUAUCAGAGCGAGGCCGAGUGACCUAGCUGUCUGA